GAGAGCGCGAGCGUGUCGGACGCGUCCAUCCAAGCGCUUCGUAACGGCUCUCGAGCGAAGCGGAGCGGAUUUCUGCAGUGGUGCUGGCCAUAGCGCCAUGGCUCAGACCCUUCAGAUGGCGAUCCCAAACUUCGGCAACAACAUCCUGGAGUGUCUGAACGAGCAGCGGCUGCAGGGCCUGUACUGCGACGUGUCCGUGGUGGUGAAGGGCCAUGCCUUUAAAGCCCACCGUGCCGUGCUGGCCGCCAGCAGCUCCUACUUCCGCGACCUCUUCAACAGCAGCGCCGGCAGCAAGACGCCCACGGUGGUGGAGCUGCCGCCGGCCGUGCAGCCGCAAAGCUUCCAGCAGAUCCUGGCCUUCUGCUACACUGGACGGCUCAGCAUGAACGUGGGCGACCAGUUUUUGCUCAUGUACACGGCCGGGUUCCUGCAAAUCCAGCAGAUCAUGGAGAAAGGUACAGAAUUCUUCCUGAAGGUCAGUUCCCCUAGCUGCGAUUCGCAGGGCCUUCACGCAGAAGAAACUCCCCCAUCCGAACCUCAGAGUCCAGUCACUCAGACAGCCGCCGGGGCUUCGGCUAAUGGCGGAGGCGGCGGCGGUGGAGGAGGUGGAGGAGGAGGAGGAGGAGGAGGGGUGGUUGCCACUGCAGCCAGCCGGCCCGCGUCCUGCUUGACCCCGCUGCCCUUGGUGUCUAGGGUGAAAACGGAGCAGCCUGAGGCUUCACCCUACUCUGUAGUUUGCACCCCCGUGGCCAAAAGGCUGUGGGAGGGCGGCAACCGAGAGGGCGGCGGAUCCGGAGCCUCCGGUGGAGGCGGGAUCCGGAAAGCCGCCCGCUUUUCCCAGGAAGCGGCGCGAGGAAGCGCCAUCCAGCCGCAGGGACUACCCAUGGGCUUGGCGGUAGCACCAGGAGGCACCAACGGCAACGGUAACGGCACCAGCAGCGGCGCCACCCCAGAGGGCACCAGCCCAGGUACCAUGAGCGCCUACGCCAGCGACUCGCCUAUUUCCUACCACGACGAUGAAGAAGAGGAGGAAGCUGUUGAAGACGGCACCGAAGAGCAGUACAGGCAGAUCUGCAACAUGUACACCAUGUACAGCAUGCUUAACAUGGGCGCUGCAGCAGGUGAGCGAGUGGAGGCUCUCCCAGAUCAUUCGGAGACUCGGAGCCGGAUGCGCGGGAGGCAGGACCUGGCGUCUUUGCCGGCCGAGCUAAUCGCACAGAUCGGCAACCGCUGUCACCCCAAACUGUACGAGGAGGGCGACCCGGCCGAGAAACUGGAGCUCGUCACAGGCACAGGUGUGUACAUCUCGCGAGCCCAGCUGAUGAACUGUCACGUUAGUGCAGGAACCAGACACAAAGUCCUGCUGAGGAGGCUGCUGGCUGCUUUCUUUGAUAGGAGCACUCUGGCCAACAGCUGUGGGACCGGCAUCCGCUCCUCCACUAAUGACCCCAGCCGCAAGCCGCUGGACAGCCGCGUCCUGCACGCAGUCAAAUUUUACUGCCAGAACUUUGCGACCAGCUUCAAAGAGAGCGAAAUGAACGCGAUUGCGGCGGACAUGUGCACCAACGCCCGGCGCGUGGUGCGGAAAAGCUGGAUCCCUAAGCUGAAGCUGCUGAUGGCCGAGAGCGACGCCUACGCCAACUUCCUGCCAGACAGCAUCAAGAUGGAGGCUGACGCCCUGGGGGCGGAGCCGGGCUUCGAGCCGGCCGACCUGGAGGGCGGGGCCUCGGAGACGGGCGGCUCUACCGGCGAGUCACUGCAGGGCGUGGGCGGAGACGGCGGUGCUUUGUUCCAGUGAUUGGAGAGGAGGAAGAAAUGGGAAAAAAAAUGAAAAAGGAAACACCUCCCCUGCCCCCUCUCUUUUCCUUCUGCUGCCCCAAAAACCUGCCUACUGCCACCCUGCCUGCGACUCUGGACUCCGCUGCUUCUGCCUGGAGGUGGAGGGGUGAGGGGGGUCGGGGGUUUGACUCUGUCUGAAGAUUAGAAGAUGCUAGAUGGUCAGAGGCGUGAUCGCAAAGUAGGAUUUUUCUUGGCCAGAUAACUUAGGAGCAGUGUUAUUAUGGGACAGUCCUCACUUUGGGCUUAAGUUAGCCAGCUUUUAUAGAGAAAUCCUGCUUUGUGAACGCCCCCCAGGGGUGCCUGACUCCAUACCUGGAGUCCAGAGAGUUUAGCUAAAGCUGGCUAGGGCUGCAUGAUAUGGACAAAGUAUUAGUAUUGCGAUUACAUUGCUAUAUUGAUAGGAUUGCGAUUUGCCUUACAGUUGGUCAAUCAAAAAUGUGGCAUGAUUACAGAUUAGCCUGCAUUGUUUUGGCCUAAAUUAUUGUAAUUACAUGAAUAAUUUUAUCCAUCAGAACACCUACAGAAGCUCAUCUAGGGCUGCGAUUGGUCAGAUGCUGCCUUAAAGCGCUAAUUAGCCUAUAGCUGUCUGCGAUAUCAGGCCAGCAUCGCAAUAACAAUUAACAAGUGAUACAUCGUACAGCCCUGCUACGCAUUGCAAUAGCAAUACGAGGCUGAUAUCGUGAUAACAGUUAACAAGCGAUAUAUCGUGCAGCCCUAUGUUCCUGCAAGCCUUGAUUACCUGGUUCCAUUAUGAAUGGAACUAAAGGGCACCUUUGAGUUAGUGUACGGAUAACGGAGGAGUGAGUGGGGUUUAGUAGGAGACAGGGGUGCAUUUUCUUUUUAAAUCUUUUAUUUUUGAUUUUUUUUGUUUUUUUGUUUUGUUUUGUUUUGUUUAUUAAUACUAAAUAACCCCUCUUUUUGCACAGAAGCCCCCCGCCUCCAUGCUUUGCAAAUAUGUAUAUCAUGAAUCCUGUUUAGAUUUUUGUAAUAAUUCAGAAUGAUGAAAAGGCCUCCCCCUCCCACUAUUUUCUUUCCAUAUCUUUCUCAAACACACACAUAUGCACACUCACUCUCGAGCGGUGGAGGUCUCGAAGUCUCCCUGAUCACACUGUACUGAUUCUUUGAAUGUAAACGUCAGCAGCGCUUGGCUGUGCGAGAUUGUAUUUUGGCCCGAGAGAGAGAGAGAGAGAGAGUUGCGAGAGUCGUAGCCACUGUAGCAAUGUAGAGGAAUGGAGGGAUAGCACAGAGAGGAAGAGAAAGGUGUGGGCGGCUCACUCUUUCUCCAAAAUUGGAAAGAAUUGAAUUCCCUCCUUUACUCCUUUUCUUCUUCCUCAAACAGUCUGGCAUUUCGACCAGAAGGAGAAAAAAAAAGAAUAUUGUCCUUUUUAAGCUCCUUUUUUUUUUUUCUUCUUCUUUUUCAAAUAUUGCCUUUUAUUUUUUCUCCCUUGUUUCUCUGCGUGUGAGACGUGGAUCCAGAGAUGUAAGAUUUUUGAGACUGUAAAGAAAAGGGGGGACAGAAAGACUUAGUCAUAUUUUAAAAAUAUAUUUAUCUACUCGCACCUUUAGCGUGUGCACAAUGAGAAAGAGAGGGAUUGUUUAAAAUCUCUUUUCAUGUGGAUUUUCUUUCCUCUAUUUUUUUUUUUGUUUUGUUUUUGGUUUUUUGUUUUUUUUAAACCUAAGUGUUUAAGAGACAUCUUAGCUAUGGAAAUGUAAGACGGUAUUGAGAGAGAGAGAGAGAGAGAGACAAAAAAAUAUUUUUGCAUACUGAUAUCUUAAAAAAAGGAGAAAAAAAAAGGUUGGUGCUUAGCUUGUACCUGACCGGCUGUGAGAAAAUGCUCUUACAGUCCGGUCUGUAAUUCGACGCUGUUUAAAUUCGAUUGGCCUUUAAAUCUUUCUUGUUGCACCACUUAUUUGUAUCUUGGUUUUGUACGCGGAUCGGUGCCAUUGUAACUGUAACAGUGUGUUGGUACUUAAAAGUCCUGGGUGGCUGUUCUGGAUCCAGAGAUAAUUUUGGUGAAAAAUCAAAUUUACAGUUUUUUUUUCCCCCCAUUCAGCCCAAAUGUAGUCAAUCAGCUGAAGCCAGAUCGGCUAAUAAAUCACACCACUGGCUUGCUUUGUGGUUUGACACUC